UGCGCACGUGAAGCGGCGGCCCGCUCUCCGAGGCCUGUUUUGUAAGGUACCGGCACUGAGGCGAGGGUCGCGUGGAGAAGGAGGGCAGUCGGAUCCGUCCCGUCUGAGGCCUGCUUCCUCGCCCGCUUCUGGCCAGGCACACCUGUGGUGAUUGGGAUCCGCCUAGUGGGCCAAGAUGAGUUUAUUUGGAUCAACAUCAUCAUUUGGAACUGGUGGAACCAGCAUGUUUGGCAGCACAGCUACAGAUAACCACAACCCGAUGAAGGAUAUUGAAGUUACUUCGCCACCUGAUGAUAGCAUUGGUUGUUUGGCUUUCAGCCCACCAACAUUGCCGGGUAAUUUCCUUAUUGCAGGAUCAUGGGCAAAUGAUGUUCGUUGUUGGGAAGUCCAGGAUAAUGGACAGACUAUUCCAAAAGCACAGCAGAUGCACACAGGACCUGUACUAGAUGUUUGUUGGAGUGAUGAUGGGAGUAAAGUGUUCACAGCAUCAUGUGAUAAAACUGCCAAAAUGUGGGAUCUUAACAGUAACCAGGCAAUACAAAUUGCACAGCAUGAAGCUCCUGUCAAGACUAUCCAUUGGAUCAAAGCUCCGAAUUAUAGCUGUGUGAUGACUGGAAGUUGGGAUAAAACUUUAAAGUUUUGGGAUACCCGAUUGCCUACUCCAAUGAUGACUCUGCAGUUACCUGAGCGAUGUUACUGUGCCGAUGUAGUAUAUCCCAUGGCUGUUGUGGCUACUGCAGAGAGAGGCUUGAUAGUUUAUCAGUUAGAGAACCAGCCUUCUGAAUUUAGAAGAAUAGAUUCUCCACUUAAACAUCAGCACCGCUGCGUGGCUAUUUUUAAAGACAAAGUGAACAAACCAACAGGGUUUGCCCUUGGAAGCAUUGAAGGAAGAGUAGCCAUUCAUUACAUUAACCCACCAAAUCCUGCCAAAGACAACUUCACCUUCAAAUGUCAUCGGUCUAAUGGCACAAACACAUCUGCUCCUCAGGAUAUCUAUGCUGUAAAUGGAAUUGCCUUUCAUCCUGCCCACGGCACUCUUGCAACUGUAGGAUCUGAUGGUAGAUUCAGCUUUUGGGAUAAAGAUGCACGGACAAAGCUAAAAACAUCAGAGCAGCUGGACCAGCCAAUAUCUGCUUGUUCUUUCAACCAUAAUGGCAACAUAUUUGCAUAUGCUUCCAGUUAUGAUUGGUCAAAGGGGCAUGAGUUCUAUAAUCCUCAAAAGAAAAACUAUAUUUUUCUGCGCAAUGCUGCUGAAGAGUUAAAACCCAGAAAUAAGAAGUAUUAAAACUUAUGGAUGUCAAUAAGAGUCCUGCAGUGGGCAAGAUGGGUUUUUGUGAAAAACGAGGCAGGAACAUCCACUUCUGUCCAUCCAAUCCAUUGCCACUGUUCAAGCCUAUAACAAAGGUAGAACUUCAGCACACUUGUAGAGGUACUGUACAUCUGGGGGAGUAUUUCUUGCUUAAUCUUUCUGUGCUUCAUGGUUAGGCCUUCUGGGCUGAAUGUGGGAGACACCCCUUGGCAAUGACUCUUAGUGAUCCACCGCUGCCAUUGGGUUAGAUCCAAUUAGUGGGAGUCUGCUCUCACAAGGGGAUUUUCCCAUCUUUCCUUUCCCCUGAUGCCUUCUGCAUUACCUGAGAAUCAACUCUGGAGGAUUUGCUAGUCUUCUGUAGCAGAUUUUUUCAUGUGAGGAAGGCUGCACAGUUGCUGAGCAAACUGCUGCUUCAGCAAUGGAUCCGACAAAAGGCUCAGAUGGUUCCUGUGGUUUGAAGUACCAUCUGUCAAGUUUGGCUGAAAUGGCAGCUGCAACCUCAUAGAUGGAGAUCACUUGGCCCCAGUAGCCCAUCCUCUGGGAACCACCCAUUUGGCCUAUUGCAGUGCUUUGUACUUGAGCUUGCCUUUAAAAAUGAUCUAGAAACUACAAGUUAGUCCACAAUUGGGCUGCAAGUAUUAACUGGACCUUUCAACCAUAUUACACCCAUGCUUUUUUGGAUGCACUGGCUCUCAGUUCGUUUUCGUGCCUCCUCCAAUAUAUGGCUACCUGGUCCCUAAAAUGGCUAUCAGAAGCCCUGCUCAAAGGGAUCUGCAAAAAACUGAGUGAGACAGCUGGCUACUGAAAAGGAUUUCCUUUGUGGUGGCAUCCUAGCUUUCGGACAGCCUCUCUUGAUAGGAUCACCUGACACAAUCUCUUACGGUCUUUUUUGUACCAGGUGCAGACUUCUGAUACACCCUUUUAAAAUAACUUGUCUCUAAUCUCUGGGCUUCUUAAUUUAUGGAUCAUGUUUUUAUUUUCUGUUUUCCCCCCUGCUUGAAAGAACCCUUUUUAGCCUAGUUUUUACUAUUUUGAUGGUGUAUUUUACUCUUCUAAAAUUCUGUAAACCACCUCGAGAGCAUGUGUUAUUGAAUGGCCAUAGAAAUGUAGUAAAGUGGAUAACAUGGAAAGUUUCAGUAUUAAACUUUGAGGGUAAGUAGGCCCAAAGCUAUACUACAUAUAUUGCCUUCCUGUGUUGCUAGAGCACUGUGCACAUUACUUGAUGUAGUUUUAUGAAUAUAAAUACAGAGGGUGAACUAAGAACACAAAUCUGUCAAGGUCAUAGUUCACUUGGGAUAUGAUAAACAUCAGGAUGGACUGACCUGAAGUAUUAAAAUUUUAAAUUAGCAGUGUAAAUGCGCUUUCCCAUUUGCAUUCCAAAUACUUAAUUUGAAAAUAAUGAUUAAAGAAUGAUCUUCAACUUAAGCUCUUAUAUCAGCAGGGUGUGUGUGUAGUAAAUACAUAGCAUUUAAUUUUAAUAAGUGAUGCUUAGUACAUUGCUUCUUGAAUAGAUUUUUUAAUUUACAAUGUCUAUUAACCUGCAUUAGAAUAGUAUCUAGAAUUAUAUAUGCAGAACAAUAGGGGUUUUGAGUAACUUCUUGAGAAGAAGAUCCAGUUCCAAGAAUUUUCCAGAAGCAAAGACUGAUUGUAAUGGGGAGAUGUUGGGAAGGGGAGUCACAAAAGGGAGAUAUAAAAUUCGUUGGAAGAUAUAAGUAUUUCUAAAUUGAAGAAAGCAAAUUGAAAAGCUUGGAUAAAUAGAGGAUAGAAAAUGAGAAUCUAAUAGGAUACUCUAUUGAGAUACAGGCUGCUACCAUCAGUGCCUAGAACACAGGACCUGCGAUUAGUUAUAGAUUGAUUGCUGCCAUUAUUGACCACAUAGUAUAUUGUGGAUUAUCUAUUGUGCUGUGUAUAUAAAGCUUGGGUGACAUCAGGAGAUGGGUUAGAAAGCAGUCUUUAACUUGAUGGGUCUUUUUAUGGUGAUGGAUAAAGUUUCAUAAAUAUUUGCUUUAAUAUUUUCAUUAAGUUCAGAAAAUACAUAAACAUUUCUUAAACAGGUAUUUCUACAGCUGAAAUGUCAGAUCAAAUUCAUUUUCAAGACAUUAUUUAUCUUUCCUAAAUCAAAGAUGUGUAUCCUGAUAAAAUAUACUCUGGAUUUUUCUCUGUUUUGUCAUAAGUAGUGCAUAAAAGUUGCACCUACACAUUUCUGUAUAAUACCUUGGCCCUUUUCUUUAUAUACCUCAGUAGCAAUAAAAUCAUACUCCUCCAUAAUAAUAAAAUAAUUUAAGAGGGUUGUUUCCUGUUUCUUACCAUUUAGCAACAUGUUUACUGGGGAAACACUUGCUGUGAAAUAGUCGGCAGUUUAUCCUGCGGUGCAGCCUUAGUUCAUGCAGGACACUGUCCGAGCCUCUUGCACCUCACCAUCACCCCACCCCAAUUGAGAGUAUGCUCCCAGUAUUCCUUUAGAAGUCCAGAAUUCAAGGUUGGGCAAAGAUUGGUUGAGGUGGCAGUUUGUGGGAAGCUUUUCUUCCACUGCUCAUCACAGCAAGGGAGUCCCCUGUUCUUGGAACACAGUGUGAAAAUCAGUGGGAUUAGGAAUAUUACAGAAAAUAUAUACACAUAUGCAUGCACGCUUACACAGGAGCUAACUCCUGUAUGGAACUGCAGCCCUAUCUUUUUACCCAUGGGUGUAUUAAGUUUGAGCUAAAACUUGGCCAAGAUACACCUGGUAACACAGACACUUGUCUCGUGUUUUUUUCCUGCUCUAGGCUAGUACAUGGAACAUGCUAAAACAUCCACAUAUGGAUCUGCCAUGUCAGGUGCCCAGAAAUCUACACUGGGUGCGAGAACAGGCCAAGGAAACCAUGAACAAAAGCUUGCAAAUAUUAAUUAUGAUUUAUAAUGGUUGGUUGAUGAAACGGUGCCUCUUCUGGUCACUAGUUGAACAAGCUAACUGAAGUAACAUCUUGGGAUGCCAAAUUUUAUAAAUAAGCAGUACUGAGUUAGGAGCACUAGAGUGCCUGCUGCUCAGAAAUUAUUGUACAUUUGUGAAGAAUGUCCUUGAAAUACCUAAAAGUCAGAAGCACUGCACAUUUCAGUUCAUAUUUUGACUAAAACUUAAAAAUGAAGGACUUUCUGAGUAGCAUUAAUUUUGUGAUCCUGCCUAUAGUUGUGCACCGUUUUAUGAACUUAAUCAAAUUAUAUUCCUGGCCACUGUUCAAGUUCACAUCAAGGUGCUUAAGGAAUGAUUCAUUUGAUCAAUCUUGGUACAUUAUGGAUUUUUUACAAGAAUAAGAUCCCUGUGUCAUAUAACCAAAAAUUAGAAGAUGACACUUUGGGGGCAGUAGUCAAGGCCAUUCAUUCAUUCAUUUUAUUCAAUUUGUAUGCUGCUGCACAAGCCAUAGGCUCUCUGAGUGGCUUACAUUAUUAAUAUCCAUACAACAUAAUACAAAGCAUACAUGAAAAUACACAAUCGGUGCCAAUAACAAAAUCGUAAAACCAUCAAAAUUCAAUGAAAGCAAAAUACACAAAAAUUACACAAUAUAUACAUAACCCAGAACAAAAACCAUUAAAAUCAGCCAUAUGAAAAUCUAGCAUUAAAACAGAUUGGCAGCAGCAUAUUAACAUAAAACAAGAUCAAUAAAAAAGUCACCUAAUCAAAAUAACUACAGAACAGAUGUGUUUAGUUGGCACCUAAAAGCCAAAGGGAUAGGUGGCGAGUGUAUCUCCAAUGGAAUCAAGUUCCAAAGUGUGGGCGCUAUUCUCGAAAAAGCUCUCAUGCUUGCAAACUCCCCCCUCACUGCAUUGAGGGGAGGAACUCGGAGGAGGGCUUCAGAUGAAGACUGCAGUGACCAGGCUGGUAUUUAUGGGGAGAUGCAUUUGUUUAGAUGACCAGGCCAACAUGUAUAUGUGAACAGGUAAACAGAUUAUAAGCAGCAGCUGGCUAUUAACUUGGUUGGGCGUUUUCCCACUUCUUAUAACCUGAAGUCUAAGGGAUUCAUAAUGCAUAAAUGUUUAUAGUCAUCUAAUACGCUGCUUAGAAUGUGUUGCUUCCAAGAUAUCUACUCUUACAAAUCCUUUUGUUCCUCUUUAUU